CGGCAGUAAUGCUUCUCCUCCGUGUCCGAGGAUUGUUGGUGGUCUGUGUCUGGUGGAGCUGUGUGAGCUCUUCCGAGUUCGGACCAGAUAAUUGCACUGCAACUGUAGCAAUCAAUACAACACUGUCAAAUACAGCCACUGUCUAUGUUCCCUCUGGAACUGCGUGUUUUGAGUGCAUCAUUGAUGGAGUGAUAGCUACUGAUGCCACGUUCUGAUAGGCAACUCGCCAGUCAGUGAGGGAUCAGUAGUGAAUGGUACACUAGUAGUGUCUGACACUGAGAGUGUCUUCAGUACAUCCACUAAUGUACGAUGUAGCAGUGGUGGUGUGACUAAUCGAGUCACUGUGGAGCACACCAUUCUCAGACCUCCCCUGAUCACGGGAGAUGCUACAGUCAAUGAAGGGGAUACACUACGUCUGAUGUGUAACUCUAACAACUCCAGACCACUACCUCUUGUCCAGUGGUUCUCUCCUGAUGGAGAUUUCCUCGAUUAUGGUUCACCCCUUGUGAUCAGUAACAUCACAAGGAACUUGGCAGGGAUCUAUACUUGUGUAGCCGACCAGUUUACAGCCACAAUGAACAGCUCUGUGGAGAUCAUAGUCCACUUCCCCUGUGACGAGCUAAAGUCUACUGACAUUAUCAUAGUCAACAUGAGCUCCACUGCAGUGGGCAGUACUGCUACCUAUCAGUGUAGAGAUGGUCCCACUGAUGUGUACACUACUCAGUGUACCAAUACUGGAGAAUGGGACCCUCACCCUUAUACACUGGACUGUAAUACUGAUCCAGGUGUGUCAUCUGGUAAAGGAGGUGUUGGACUACCAGCCAUUCUUGGGGUGGCUAUUACUCUUCUUCUCGUCGUAGUACUCUGCACUACUACAGUUGUUGUAGUGGUGUUUGUUCUAAGGAGACGGACAAGUAUCAAAAGAUGCUACAAGCAAAGUUACAAAAGUGACACAGAAAGUGUUGGAGAGGUGUCUGAAGAGAGAGGUAAACAAGAAAGCUCAUUGGAGCUACAGCAGACGACAGCACCAUGCUCGGUUAUUCAGACAGUACCACUAGAGACAACAGAGCUCAAUGGACAGUACUCUCUGGUCGAAGCAAAACCACAGGAGACCACGGAGCCACACACACCGUUGUAUUCAGUGGUCCAAACCAAAGAGCUGCCAUUCCAAACAGACCCACAACAGUCCCAAUACCCCAAUGCAGUGGUCCAAAAGAAGCCAAAACAGACCAAAGAACUGCCCGUUGAACCACAUAAUACCACAGAACUCAAUGACCAGUACCCUGCAGUCCAAGAAGCAGCAGUCACAAAGGGAAAAGACAUGGAGACGAGGAAAGAGACCCUCGUCUAUGCAGAGGUGGGUCCACACAUCUCCCAGACUCGCAGACAAAUGUUCAACCCCCAGUCAGACAGAGUCCAGUAUGCCUCUCUGGAUCACACUGCCACAGUGAGGGCAGUACCACCAGCAGCAGAGCCUCUGCAGGAUCCAGAUUUGGAAGUGAGUCUGGACCAGAUCCUCAUUCAGUUGAGAGAAGUCACUCCUCACUGGAGGAGACUGGGAGAGGCAGUUGGUGUACAGAGGCUGGACGAAAUAUCUGAAUAUGUGGGUAGUGAGAGUGAGGCAAUGGUGGAGGUGGUGGAUGGAUGGCUGGCCAACCUCCACCCCAACAAGCCCACCUGGAGGGAGAUAGCUGAUGUGGUGGACAGCAUUGGUCACCAUGACCUGGCUCACUCCCUCAGACAGGUCUACACAUCAGGUUCACUGCCAAUAAAAGUGAGCAAUGACCUGCCAGAGUCUCUGAUGGUCAGAGAAUUAACUCCAACUCCUCCACUUCCCCCUCGUGGAGCUGAUGAUGAACAACUCCCUCCACCGUUACCUGCAAGAACUUUUACAUAGUCUUACUUAGCUGCUGUGUGCAUAAUAUGAGUUUUUGACAUU